UACAAAGUAAAAAUCUGAAUAACUGAUAUGAACAACUUUACACCCUAUUGGACUUCAACUUUUCUUGCGACCUGCAAAUCCCAACCAAAUAAACAUAAAAGUAAAAAAUCCAGGAUCCAUAAAGUUCCUUAUUCACCUACAAUACGCUUACGCCGCCAACUUAACUUAAGGACCAGAUCCGAUCAGAUCCUUGUUUAAUGAGCUCGAAUUCAUCCAUUUCCGGGGAUUCCUCGGUACCGGAAUCAUCAGAUAAGGGGAAUUCUGCCACCUUGUCUACCGACAAGCAGAAGGAGAAGGCCAAAGUGAGCAGGACGUCUCUUAUACUCUGGCACGCUCAUCAAAAUGACUGCACUGCUGUCCGCAAGCUUCUCGAAGAAGAUCCAUCUUUGGUUCAGGCAAGGGACUACGAUAAUCGGACUCCGCUUCAUGUAGCCUCCCUCCAUGGCUGGAUCGACGUCGCCAAAACCUUGAUCGAGUUUGGCGCUGACGUCAACGCCCAGGAUCGCUGGAAAAAUACUCCUCUAGCUGAUGCAGAAGGAGCUAAGAAAUACAACAUGGUUGAACUUCUAAAGUCUCAUGGUGGCUUAUCUUUUGGUCAAACUGGAAGUCACUUUGAACCAAAGCCGGUCCCUCCCCCUCUUCCAAAUAAGUGUGAUUGGGAAAUUGAUCCUUCAGAGCUCGACUUCUCAAACUUAGCAAUCAUUGGCAAGGGAUCUUUUGGUGAGAUUUUGAAAGCAACUUGGCGAGGAACACCUGUUGCUAUCAAACGUAUUCUUCCAUCACUCUCUGAUGAUAGAUUGGUGGUUCAGGACUUCAAGCAUGAAGUUAACUUGUUAGUGAAACUUCGACAUCCUAAUGUAGUCCAAUUUUUGGGAGCUGUCACCAACAAGAAGCCCCUUAUGUUAAUUACCGAGUAUUUACGAGGGGGUGAUCUUCAUAGGUACCUAAAGGAAAAAGGUGCACUCAAUCCCGCAACAGCUGUUAACUUUGCAUUGGACAUUGCCAAAGGAAUGGCUUAUCUUCACAGUGAGCCUAAUGUCAUUAUUCAUCGAGACCUGAAGCCAAGGAAUGUUCUUUUGGUCAACACAAGUGCAGACCACUUGAAAGUUGGGGACUUUGGACUAAGCAAGCUCAUCAAGGUUCAGAAUACUCAUGAUGUUUACAAAAUGACUGGGGAGACCGGAAGUUACCGGUAUAUGGCUCCUGAGGUCUUCAAGCAUCGAAAAUACGAUAAAAAGGUUGAUGUCUUCUCUUUUGGAAUGAUCCUCUAUGAGAUGCUUGAAGGAGAACCGCCAUUUUCACAUAUGGAGCCAUAUGAGGCAGCCAAAUAUGUGGCAGAGGGACAUAGGCCUUCUUGUCGUGCUAAAGGAUAUAUCCCUGAACUGAGAGAGUUAACGGAGAGGUGCUGGGAUGCUGACAUGAACAAAAGACCUUCAUUCUUGGAAAUUUUGAAAAAGCUUGAAAAGAUCUAGGAAAGUUUACCAACAGAUCAUCAUUGGAGCUUAUUUAAUUCAUAGGGAUCAAGGGCAAGUACAUGGUAGAUUCUAUAUACAACGUUUCUGCUGUUUCUUCCUGUGCAUCCAAAUGCAUCGAUGGUGCUGUGAAUAGAUUCCAUUAAGGAAGAUUUGUGAAACUUACUUCUUUGACUACCUUUCUGCAAUUCUAUUAAAAUUUCAAUUAUAAAGAGGUUAGCUGAUUGUUAAUUAAGUUGUUCAGUUUCUGUAUUUUGUUAGUCUUUUACGUUGGUAUUGAACCGACAAGUCAAGGAGUUUCAUCCAUAGAUUGUAAUGUUUAAUCUCGGCCAUGGUUUUUCCUUUAAAUCUGUCAGUUGUGAUUUAUUCUGGUCACAAGUGACCAUUUAGAAUUGAGGGUAGGCAAAUGCACCAACAUUUGCUCUUCUCUUUCUCUGUUUUCGUUUUUUCUUUUCAAUAUUGUUAUAUUCAAAGGCCGUUGAGACCCCGAUGAUGAUGUCAAAUAGAUUGAUUUGUCAGAA